AUGUUAAAUCAGGGGAGAAAAAAGGAACUAUCCACGAUGUUUGUAUAUAGUCUGUUAUUUAUUGGUUUAAUUCAAUAUGCCACAGCACAUGAGGGCCACCACAACCCUGCCCCCACAGGACAACCUGGAGCACCUAACAGUUUCCACGAUUCUAAUAUGGUUCACAAUGAGCAACAUAUAAAGGAGCACAUGCAAAAUGAAGUCAAUGUAAAUAAGCCAAUGUCUAAAGAAGAAAUGGAAUUCAACUACUUCCGUUUACACGAUACAAGUAAGGACAACAGACUGGAUGGGUUAGAAAUUUUAGCUGCGCUUUCCCACAUGAUGCCAGCCCCCGAGUUCUUGCCACAGGAGAUUCAAGGCAAAACACCAGAAGAGGUCGCCGCAAUGAAAGCAGCCAGAGAAAAGGAAAUGUUCGACAAUUACGUCCAGAUAAUUGAUAAAGUUUUACAAGAAGACGACAGGGAUCAAGAUGGUUACCUCAGUUAUGCUGAAUUCCAAAUGGCGCGAAGACGUGAUGAACAACGAAUGCAAGAGGCUCAAGCACAGAUGACACCAGAACAACUGCAACAACAAAAGGCCAUGGUAGAACAAUAUCAACAGCAAAUGGCUGCACAACAUCAACAGUACCAGUAUCAGCAACAGCAGGCCUAUCAACAACAACAACAAGCUGCACAACAGCAACAACAACAACAACAGCCGGUUGUCAACAUGAAUCAAAAGCAUUAGACAUUUUAACUCAACAAACACUGGUGAUGGUAUCGAGGUCAAAAACACGAGUUUUUGAAGAUGUCUUCUUUGGGUGAAAGCAGUAAAGCUUACUAUAAGUAAUAACUCUAAGGGAACUAACACACCAUUGUCUAAAAACUCAAUGAAAUAAUUCUCAUAUAUAUAGACCCUACAGGGGGAGUUGGUAACAGGUCGGUAACUUGGGUAGCACGGGGGCGGUGCUGGAACUAUAUUCGCCCCCCCCCCCUCUUCAAAAUUCGAUCAAAUUCUCAACGGAAGUUGAAAUUUGUCUCUAUCAGCUAUUGCCCCCCCCCUCGCGCCAUCCCCUACUUAUGCAAUAUAGGGGUUGGUUAUGGACCAGGUCGGUAAUGGAUUUGGCGAUUUGAAUUAAAGUUCAUUUUGUAAAUACUGUCAUCAUUGUAAUAAACCAUAUUAUCGUACCUUAAAAUAAAUUAUAUAAAUAUUAAUUAUUUUUUUUCUUAAAUAAAAGACCAACGUUUAUCUCGAUUACUUUUUGUCUCUUGAUUUUUAUAGUCUGUAGGUCUACUAAGACUUGAUUUUUUGAAAGUGUUAGGCUUUUGUCUGAAUAAAUUUAUAUGGACAUAAAUCUGAUAAAAGGGCACUACUUUGUAGUUUUAUUACAGACUACAACAUAGAUUGAAGGCAUCUUAUCAUUCUUGCAGCCAUGGACAGAGUGUUGACGACGAAGUUUAAAUAACAUGUAAGCAUUAACAGAAGGGAGGCAAUCCAGAACAUUUCAAUGAGGAACAUCAAUAGCUACUGCUCUCAUACAAAGUAAUGAAAUCAAAGCGUUUCCCAAUUUUAUUUCUUAAAGAAAAUAAACGAAUU